AUGCCCAGGGCACCCAAGAAGCGUGUACCCGACCCGCACUCGAGCGAGGUCGACGAGCUCGCAGAAGACGCCCCGACUGGCCUCACGCCUCCCCGCCCCGCUCGCUCCUCCUCGACUCGCACCGCGACCACACGCCCGGGCACUGCAGCCGCCACCACGCCCAACAAGACCCGUGCCUCGACCACGGCUGCGGCCAAGCGCGGCUUCUCAAGCUCCGUGACGGCCACGGCCGGCCUCUCGACCACCUCCUCGUCGACCCGCCUUACCGGCUUCCGCUGCCGGGCCCAGCCCGCCGCCGGCACCUCGACCCUGUACGAGAUCAACUCGGUGUCGCCCGCCAAGCGCCGUCGCCCCGCCAAGGUCCCGCCUCGCGACAUGCCCAACUCGCCCUCCUCCUCCUCGACCAAGCGCCGCCGCCGCGGGACCGACACGGACGAGAACGACCGCUACGCCCUCGAGCGCAAGGUCAAGCGCGAGGACGAGUUCGUCUUCGUCAUGCCCGACCUCGACGAGGACGGCGAGCCCAUCGUCGACCCGGACUCGCCGGCGCAGGCGACACGCACUUCCCCUCCUCCCGCCAGCUCGCUCGUCCACGUCGCCGCCAACUCGCCGUCGCCCACCAAGCCGCAGCGCUCCCCCUUCAUCGCCAACCCCGCACGCCCGCUCCCGCCGCGCACCCCCUCGCCCGCACACCUCCCACCCUCGUCCUCGUCCAUCGACCUCCCCGACGCGCUCGCCGCCCGCGUCUACGCUCACUCGAGCCCCGCCCCGCUGCUGCCGCUGCCGCAGGGGCAAAGCGAGCCGCACACGUCGACGACGCUCGUCGCGAGCGAUGAGGGCCCAGGCGCGCCGCCGCGUGAGCGCUCGAGCUCGCCGCCGUUCGUCCCUCGCGGCCGUGGCGGCACGACCCUCGUGCAGCUCAGCGCCGCGCCGGCUCGGGGCGUCGCCGCGAGCCCGGGCACGACGCCGCGCGUGACGGCGAGCACGGCGAGCUCGCAGCGCGCGCCACUCACGAGGGAGGAGGAGCACGAGGUCAGUGCGCUGCUCGCCGCGCUCGAGGGCAUGGGCGACGGCGAGCUGCAGGAGGGGGCGUUCGAGACGUAUGUCGAGACGUGCGUCGAGCCGAUGCAGGCGGGAGGGGCAGCGCGUCGUGCGCGCGAGGCGGUCGGGAGCGGGGGAGCUCGGGAGGAGGUCUUCGACCCGGACAAGACGCUCGUCGAUGCGUCGCCCGGACCACUCGCAGGCCUCGACGCUGUGAGCUCUGGCUCGCCCUCGCCCGCCGAUGCCACCGCCAACCCGUUCGCCGACGACGUGCCUCUGCCCGCUCCCGCACCGAGCCGUUCCACCGCCUUCCUCCGCUCGCCGACCCCUCCCGCUCCAGCACCUCUCCCCUCGCCCCCUCGCGCACGAGCCGCCCCGCCGCACGCCGCCGCAUCGCCCGCGCCCAACCCGUUCUACCGCCCUGCGACCCCUCCUCGCCGCCCACCCGGGUACCGCCUCGUCCCACUCACGGUCGAGGGCCUCGCGACUCACGCCCGCGAGGUCGUCGCCGCCGCGUCGUCGUCGUCGACCGAGACGGCCUUCCUCAGGGGCGAGGUGCGCCGCCUCGCCAAGGAGCUCGAGGCGCGCGACACGCUCCUCGGCGAGCGCGAGGCGGUCGUGCGCCGGGCGCAAGGGGAGCAGGAGCGCUUCGAGCGCGAGAGGGCCGAGUGGGCCGAGGAGCAGAAGGCGCUCGUCGCCAAGGUGGACGCGCUGAGGGAGGUCAGGAGGGGGCUCUUGCGCGAGCUGAGGGAGGAGCGCGAGAGGGCCGAUGGGCUCGAGGACAGGAUCAGGGCGCUUGAGGGCGUUGGCGAGCGGGCGGCGGCAGGCGCGAGCGACGUCGAGCAGGAGCCCGUCGUCGAGGUCCCGGUCGUCGCUCGGCGCGCGCUCGACGACAACGCCGGCGUCAAGGGUGUCGAGCCGGUCGAGCCAGUCGACGAGACGUAG